UGUCACACAGUGAACAGGGUUUUUGGGUUUUUUUUUUUGGAGAGAUAUGGUUAUUCAGCCAUGGUAGUUGGUUGAAGUGAAACUAAAUUUUCAAAAGAUUUAUGACUCAAGGGAACUUUAUGACAACAAAAUUGCAGUUGCAUCUACAAUAAGGUGCCAGGUCACCAAAAAUAACAAUAUAAAAGUAAGAAAUGUACAAUUUAAAAUAACUAUUUAACAAGAAAGGCAGGCAUUUCAUAAAAAUUACAAAAUACAAUUAUGUAUAAACACCUAGAUAUCAAUAUGAAAAUGCUGUAGUAGGUUAUAUAGCUUCAUAGACGUUAUAGUAUGGUAACAACAAUGUGGAAGUGUAAACUUGCUCUAUGCAUGCUUCUGGGGAUAAUGUGCAUUUAUAUACUGUCAGGUUGUUGCAAUUAAUCUUAUUUUAUGAUCUGAUUUGAUGUUUAAUUUAACUCAUUUUAAUCUGAUAACCAAAUAAAUGUAGUUGAGUAAAGCAUAAGUAGCAUAAAAUGGAAAUAUUCAAGUAAAGUAGUGAUUAUACUUGUGUAUUUUGAUAAACAGAUGGACCUAAAUGACUAAGUAAGGCAUGCAAAAAAACAAGAUGAGAGAGUUGAAGCCAUAAAGCCUAAAUAUGCUACUACAUGGUUAAUACUCUGACUUGACCUUUAGGGUUACAAUGGAUCUUAUCUGUCAUUCUGACAGAAUCAACGAUCCUGACAUGAUUUUAUAGCUGCAGCCUCCGUAAGGUCACCAGUUAGUUGAUACAUUUCCAGCUCCAAAGGCCAAGUUGCAAAGGUUAAUGCAUCUCCUGAAUAAAGAGGAGAGUAUGUGUGAGUGUGACACACACACAGACACAGAGAGGGAGCAGAAACCAGGCGCACAGAGCAGGGAUAGAGUUUCUCCCGGUAACGGAUCCUUUUGACCACCAUAGAUUCAGUUUCUCCUCCACUGUGACUCACACAUCAACACAAGCAACAUUUUACCAAGAAAAAUAGCUGUUUUUUCCCCGGUUAUGAUUUAUUUUUCUGACUCAAUCCGCAGGAUAAACUCAUGGUGAUUGCCGGGUGCGCACCGCGGUCCCUCCCCGGCGUCGUGUUACCUCUCCCGGGGCACCAUGGGCUCGUAAGAUGCCUUCGCUGUGGAAACGGAUAACCUUCUCGGUGGCCUCGGUCCUCUGUGUCGGCUCGGUGGUCCUCUUGGUCGUGGCCCUAUCCACGGAGCGGUGGGUCACCGGACGGAUCUUGUGUAAAACCGGGGCGGAGAUAGUGAACGCGUCCCAUCCGGAGCUGGACCAGUUCAUCGGGGACAUUUAUUACGGCUUGUUCCAGGGAGGGAAGACCAAGAAGUGCGGGCUCGGGAAGAGACGCUCCAAAAUCUACAUUUUCCCGAAGCUUGUGCGGACGUUAAACGGCGGCCUUCACAUGAUAGUGAUCCUCUUCCUGCUGGUGUCUGUGGGCUUUGCGCUGGUCAGUCUGUCUUUCUGUAUUUACAACGCGCGCAAGGUUCCUUACCAGAGCAUCAAAGGGCACAAAGGACUCUACCUGUGGAACUUCAUUGCUGCUCUUUUUGGUGCCCUGGCCUUGUUGUGUUUCCUGGCAGCCGUGAGGCAUCACAGUCUGACCGAGCGGGUGGCUAACUAUCGGGAGAACCUCUUUGUCCUUGUUGUGCUGGAUGACAGCCUGGACAUGUCCUUCUGGCUGGGUGUGGCCAGCAUUGUGACUCACUUUGCAAUCUGCGGAGUGGUUGCCAUGAGCCGAAUAAAGCUGCCCAAACCGGAGAUCAAAAAACCUGAAGAACCCACCAUCUCUUCUCUGGACCUGCUCUACUGAUAGAGCUAUGCGUUAGCUUAACAUGUAUGCACUUACACAUCACUAAAGGUUGGCCAGGGAUGAUCAGAGCAAAACCACAUGACUGACAGCAACACUGUGCCAGUGCUAGUUGGUUUGUGGUCUACAUGACUUUUACUUCAGUCACUUUAUUAUCACAGAUGGGAAACCAGAGGGGCACAAGAUAAGAAAACAACACAAAUACAAAAAACAAAAAGUACAAAAAUGUUUCCUGUACAUACAAUUUACAGAACACAAUAAUACAACAAAACUCUCUAAAAUACUAACUUACAUGUGCAGAUUUAGCAGGGUUAUUGCACAGGGAACAAAGGAGUUUUUACUCCUAUUGCACUUGAACCAGGGUACUCUGAGGGAAGAGUUUCAAACUGAAAGUGAAGUGGAUCUGGUCUUGUGGAGAACCUGCUGGUCACAGAUAGCUGUCAGUGGGGUCUUCAUAUGAAUGGAUCAGACUCAUGAUCUGCUCUGUCAUCCAGACUCAGCCAACGUCAAAUCACGAUUGUAAUUUAUGGCACACCAUUGCGAAUAUCAGGUCACUACUCACAUGUCGUCUCAGACACAAUUAAUGGUUGGGAUCACAGAAGGAUCACGCACAGAGGAGGCAGAGACACUCGUCCUGGUCUCUGCCUUUUGUUUCUGUGCUGGUUGAUAUUUUCUGCUCCUGAGGAGUUCAAGGAAAGGUUCGCAAUUUUUCAGGUCUGUCUUAAAACAAGAGUCAGGUGUCCAUAUGAACACUAUGAAGAGGUUUUUCCUUGC